UAUCCUUGGUUCGGCCACGUCUGAAUGCACUACUUUAUUCUACAAAAAACAAUAUCAGCACAUCACGAGACUCCGCCGGACUGACUACAGUCAUACAAAUGCAUUAUGUAAUGAGCUCCAUGGCGUAGGUUUUCGAGAUUAAGACAUCAUCGCAUAUUACAUCCAGCUAAUCUCUUCCGAAGGAUCUCCUUAUAGACUUCACAGCUAGAUGUUUAUGAAUGGUAUUCAUAAAACAGUGGAUAGAACAAUAUACAGCAUCAUUCGUGAUCUUUGCAUCAGUCCGUCUGUACUGGUUGGAUGUGAGUUGAUGAUACGCUUGAACUGCAAUGUCUUGGCCAAUGUUCCAGGCGGUACGAGUACCUUCUGUUCGUCUCUGCUGCCGAUGUAUUGCUACUUUCCCACCAACAUCUCAAUCGGCCCGUUCCCCGCCCUCGUCAGCCACCGAGCCCAAUCAACUCCGGUGGACCUACCGUGAUGUUCCGGUGGACGUGUCAUCGGGGAGCGUCGAAGAUAAGAUAACGGCAUUGACAUCGUAUGAUCCUAUCCCGGUCAAAGGUUAUGACUUUAGCAACGCCAUCGAUUACAACAAGAUGAUGGAGUCGAUGAGGACUGUCGGGUUUCAAGCGUCACACUUUGACGCCGCUGUCGACGAGGUGAAGAGAAUGCUGGCAAAGAAACGUGAGCCUCUUACAGAGGAGGAGAGACGAGCGAUAAUGGAGAAGAGCUGGACGGAUAGAGCGCCCUCUAAAUGCACCAUCUUCCUAGGUUAUGCGUCCAGUAUCAUCACAAGUGGCCUUAGAGAAACCAUGUGCUUCCUUGCCAAGAACAACCUGGUUGACUGUAUCGUGACGACUGCAGGAGGCAUUGAAGAGGAUUUCAUGAAGUGUUACGGUGAUUUCUACGUGGGUGAUUUCCGUGCGGAUGGAGCGGAUAUGUUUAAGAUGAGGGUGAACCGUGCAGGGAAUAUCUUCGUACCAGAGAGUCAUUAUUACCACUUCACCGAUUUCAUGCAACCUAUUCUAGAGGACAUGAUGGACGAACAAAACAAGCAUGGUAUGAACUGGACGCCAUCGAAGAUGAUAGCGAGAAUGGGGCGAGAGAUCAACGACGAAUCGUCAGUCUAUUAUUGGGCAUAUAAGAACAAUAUUCCUGUAUUCAGCCCCGCCAUCACAGACGGAGGAAUAGGCGAUGAGAUUUUAUAUUUACAUCAAAGAAAUAAGAACAAUAAUCUACGAAUCGACAUAGCAGAAGAUAGUAAUCGUAUAAUCGAGCUAGCUCAGUCAUCCAUUAACACUGGUAUGAUCACUGUCGGGGCUGGUAUUGGGAAGCAUCACAUCUGCCAGGCCAACGCACAUCGCUCGCCUGAGGGAGCCGACUAUGCGGUGUAUUUGAAUACAGCUCAAGAAUUCGAUGGUUCCGACUCGGGUGCCAUGCCUGAGGAAGCAGUAUCGUGGGGAAAGAUCAAGGGUACAGCGAAACCCGUUAAGGUUUUCGGAGAAGCGUCCAUCAUAUUCCCGCUCCUCGUAGCAGAGACCUUCGCAAAGAUGGUAUACCCAUGAUGCAACUGAUCUUCAACAAUCCAUGAUUGGGAGGGG